AUGCCAGCAAAGAGAUCAAGGGUAGCAUCAUCAAGGAGUGUAUCCAGACAACCAGCUAGACAGUCGGAGCCGAAUGUACCUGUGGCUUUUAACCCACAGUACCAAACAUUGCAUGAGCACCCAGAUGACAUUCGCCUGGAAGUUUGUGAGGCGACUCAUCCGAUUACUCGUUUUGUUGUGGAGUACAUGGUAGAGCGACCAAGCUUCACUAGGUACAAUAUUGUGGAGACGUUUGAUCGCUAUGGAUGGGGUGGAGUGCUGGACUUCAAUCCGAUCCAGAUGUAUGUUGAUAUAGUGCGGGAAUGGAUGAGGACACUUCGACAUGUCGAGGUGCCUGGUGGUAGGCCAGAGGAGUUGCAGCUUAUUGGUACGGUUCGUACUCAUGAUAUAGUGAUGACUGUGCAGGGUAUUCGGGACAUGUUUCAUGUAGAUACUGGAUAUCAUUUGGAUGAUCUUGACAAUUAG